AGAGCUCAAGUGGCUAAUGAUAAUGUAGAUUUUCCGAACUUCACCGCUCAGGAGAAUCAAGGCAAGAACCUAUUUCUAUCUCCACCUGUCUUUGAUGCUACUAGCACUAGAACUAGUGGCGGCGCUGGCUGCAACGGCUGUCAUGGUGCUCCAGAGUUUGACAUUGCACCUAAUUCUGGCAAUAAUGGAAUUAUAGGGAGUCUAGCUGGUGGUCAAGACCAAACGAAUACUCGCGCGCCUUCCUUGAGAGAUUUGGCGAAUAUAUCAGGUACGCCGAAUGGACCCAUGAUGCAUACAGGAGUUAUCACAACUCUACAAGCGGCUAUAGGUCAUUACGGUAAUAUCAAUGCCAAUCCGAAUAAUGCGAGAUUGGAUCCUAAGUUGAAGCCGAAUGGGAUUGGUGUAAUAAAAGAAACCAAGGAAUAUGAAAAGCGUGUAGCCUUGACUCCGGAUGUAUGUAAAACAUUGAUAGGAAAAGGGUUUGAAUGCCUAGUAGAGGAUGGCGCGGGGACAGCGUCUUUCCUCACCAAUCAAAGUUAUUCUGAUGCAGGAGCUACCAUUACCGUUAAGAAGACGAUAAGCACUUCAUGUGAUAUCAUUUUGAAAGUAAAUCCAUUUACGAAAGAAGAAAUCGAUGGACUAGAUAAAAAAGCGACUUGUAUAUCUCUUAUGUAUGCACAGACGCAGCCUGAAAUUAUAGCUGCUUUAGCCGCCAAAGGUUGCAGUGCAUUUUCUGUAGAUGCUAUCCCUCAAAAUGGAUGUGCUGAGUUCAAAAAGCAACAAGAAGUAUUAAAUAAACAUUUUUCUGAAGCUGACUUGGUCAUCACUACCGCUUUGAUUCCGGGAAGAAAAGCACCAGUAUUAAUAUCGGAAGAGCAAGUUUCUAAAAUGAAAAAUGGUGCUGUGAUCGUGGAUAUGGCAGUGGAGCAAGGAGGAAACUGCGCAUGCAGUGAGUAUGGAAAAAUUGUAGUGAAGAAUGGAGUUACUAUAGUAGGAGAACCCAAUAUUCCUUCAAUGUUGCCACUAAAUGCCUCCGAUCUAUUUGCUAAAAAUGUACUCGAUUUUAUAACUCACCUAGCUACGAAAGAUGGAUUUAAAUGGGAGCUAGAUGAGGAAAUCACCAAAGGAUCACUGAUGGUGCAUAAUGAGCAUAUAGAAAUGGUUUAUAUCGUCAUAUUGUCGAUAUUUGUAGGAGUAGAAUUAAUUGAAAAAGUACCCGCAGUAUUGCAUACACCGCUGAUGUCAGGGGCAAAUGCUAUCCAUGGGGUGGUAAUUGUCGGAGCGAUUAUCGUCAUGCUUCAUAUCGAUGUGAAUAACACAUUCGGUAUGGUACUCGGAUUUCUCGCAGUGAUUUUAGGUACGCUAAAUGUAGUCGGAGGUUUUGUUGUCACAGAUAGAAUGCUAGAAAUGUUUGGCUCCGUCACAUUCGUCGUAGGUCUAAAAAUGCUUAGUCACCCAGAUUCGGCUCGAAAAGGUAAUCUUGUAGCUGCCUUCGGCAUGCUAAUUGCUAUUCUGGCUACCAUAUUUCUUUAUGGACAUCAUGGAGAUGAUUAUUCCACUAAAUUGAUUUGGAUAUUCGGUGGUAUAGCUAUCGGUACAAUAGCUGGAUGGAUUACUGCUAUGCGAGUUGAAAUGACGAAAAUGCCAGAGCUAGUAUGUUUGUUUAAUGGAAUGGGUGGUGCUUGUGCUGCCUUGAUUGGCUUGAUGGAGUAUGGUGCCAAUGUCGGAAAUACCAUGAGUUUGGCGACCAUAGUAGCUGGUAUGAUUAUCGGGUCCAUAUCUUUUUCAGGUUCAAUUGUAGCUUUUCUUAAAUUGAAUGGGACAAUGAAUAAGCCGAUUCGAUUACCAUAUUAUAAUAUUAUCAAUUCGAUUGUAAUGGUAGGUGUCGCUGCUAUGGCUGUAUGGGUGGUGAUGACAGGUCAGCCAGAAUCUAUGGCUUAUGCUCUCUUCGGUGUAGCUGUGAUCUAUGGAUUGCUUUUUGUCUUCCCUAUUGGUGGAGCAGAUAUGCCAGUAGUUAUCUCAUUGCUUAAUUCAUUUACAGGUCUAGCCGCAGCAUUUGGUGGAUUUUUAUAUGACAAUCAAGUGAUGCUGACGGGAGGUAUACUCGUAGGCUCGGCUGGUACUAUUUUGACCUUAGCUAUGUGUAAGGCUAUGAAUAGACCUCUUUCUAAUGUUAUUUUUGGAGCUUUUGGAGGUGGAGCAGGUGGCGCAUCCCAAGAAAUCGAUGGUAGUAUCAAAGAUAUCUCCAUUUAUGAUACCGCUGUAUUAUGCAACUAUGCCAAUAAAGUAGUCAUUGUGCCAGGAUAUGGACUAGCAGUAGCUCAGGCUCAGCAUAUCAUUCAUGAGUUAGAAAAAACACUCGAAGCCAAUGGCGUAGAAGUGAAAUACGCUAUACAUCCAGUAGCGGGUCGUAUGCCAGGUCACAUGAAUGUACUCCUAGCAGAAUCUAAUGUAGCCUACGAAAAAUUGGUGGAAAUGGAUGAUAUCAAUCCAGAAUUUCCGAAUACAGAUGUUGUUAUAGUCGUAGGUGCAAAUGACGUAGUUAAUCCAGCGGCAAAGACUGACCCUAGUUCUCCUAUUUAUGGGAUGCCUAUACUCGAUGUAGAAUCUGCAAAACAUAUCAUAGUCAAUAAACGCUCGAUGAAUGCAGGUUAUGCCGGUAUCGACAACCAUCUUUUCUACAAUCCUAAAACAUCGAUGCUAUUUGGUGAUGCUAAGGAUGUCCUGACUAAGUUGGUGGCGGAGUUGAAGGCGAUCUUCAUCCGCAUCGGAAGCAAGGCUCACUUUUGCACGCAAUUUGCCAUUGAUGGAUACAGGAUAUUCUAUCGUAUCAUCUACGAGAUAUUUUUCAUCUACAAGAGGAAAUUCUUCUACGAUGAUAGAGUCCGCAUUGCCCAACUGAGACCAGAUAGUUUCGGC